GCUAACUAGCUUGCUAACGUAACGUUAACAUACUCAUCAUUUUAUCAACUCACAUAUAAUCCUGUUGUCCUUCAUUGUUACUUGUCAAAACGACCAUCUUACUCAAACCAAACCAGGCUCUAGAUCUUUAUAGCGCGUGCAGAAUAACCAAUAACGCCAGUGAGUAGGCCUUUGGCAGCAGUUAGCUCCGCGGCUGACAGCCUGACAGUGAACAGAAAUAGCUGUUGUCCACCACCACAAAGAGAGGAGAAAAUAUGUUUGGACGAUGUCAGAGAAGAUUCUCAAGGUGUUUUAACACAUUUUGGAAUGAGUAAAGAGAAGAAGACAAGGAUGGUAAAACUAGAGAAACAUGAUCCAGACACUUAUCCCAUGAUUGUGGGUAAAGUGAAGACAUCCAUUCCUAAAAUGAGAACUGUAAAGUUAAAGGAGAAGUUUAAAGUUGCAACAUCAAAAAGCAACUCCACCUCAGCGAGUGUUACUACAUGUGAGACAUCAGGGAAUAUAAGGAAGCUUUGUGUCAACCUAAUGCCUUUUCUGGCUGCAGCCAAGGAGCCUGCGGAGGAAGAGGAGGGAAACGAAGAGGACAAAAGCAGCACAAGUAAAAAUGGACCAGAAACCAGCAACAAAAAUGAGGCACCAUCUGUCACUAAAUCUGUGGAACAAACACUUAAUUCUUUCAUAGGAUUAACUUUGGACACUGACACCAAACAACUAGUAAAUCCUCAUUUUGUGCUGCCACCUAUAAGUCAAUCUAAAUCAGCUCCUGAGUGUUGUGACCAUCAGAAGAACCUCGCUCCUCAACCUCCCAUCAGUUUAUCUGAGCAAACAAGGACCAUCUCCUCAAACUUCAGUAUAAAAUGCUGCGGAGGCGGUGGAUUAGUUACAGGACAAGUAGCAGACAGCAGGCCGUGGAUAGACAAUCCCCUGUUCUCUAAAAGUAGAUCUCCUGAGUUUAGUCUGCCAGACAUCUCCUUGUCCAGUCUGGAUGCUCUGCUGCAGACAGUCACACAGAAACUGGGGAGGAAGCGGCGAGGCUUUGAUGAAGGGUCGUGGGGACGUAUCCAGUCCAAUCAUCUCCUCAUGGCUGUUAGUGAACAACGUUUUAGAGAGAGAAGCAUCACAGGGAACAGAAACCUGGUCAACAUUAAAACAAUAAAAGAAACAUCACUGGGUGGAAGCAGAGUAACCAGACAGAGGAGCCUGCCUCCACUUUCAUCAGCACCGAAACAAAUGCUCAUCCUCAAUAUGACGAAGAAAAACAUCCCGACUUCCAACAUGCUCCAGUGAUUCAUCAUAAACAACAAACUGAACUUACAACAUACAUCAUAGUCUUUUGUUAAAUGAUACAGGAAACCAUUUAUUUAUUUUUUCUUUCAGGACAAUACAUU